UUACCAGUUUGGUUUGGAAAAACUUGCAGUCAUACAGCAUGCCUCUCCACAUGCCGUCAUCCCCCGCUAAAAUCUACCGCGGCCUCCGCCGAGCGAGUGAUCCGAACCCGGGACGAAAAGCACAGAGAGCCGCCAAGAAGAAAUUGUCCGAGAAAAAUCUCGACGAGGAACUUCGGGAGCUGGUGCGCGAGGCACGGUGUCACAGCGGCAGCCCCAGGGGGUCGGGGACGAGGGGACGGGUGAGUAGUAGGGAGGGCAGGACCCCCACCCCCUCGCUCCCCUACAGUAAGGAUUUUGGGAGUUUUGACCUGACGCUGUGUCUGGCGGACGACGGACGGUGCGUGGUGCUGGUCGAGUACGAGCACAGAGUCUUCGUCAACGGACGACAGAUCUACAUCCGAGAUGGCGGCAAGGUGUAUGACCGUCUCGGCCGGCCGAAUGCCCAGUUCCAGGGGUACUACGACCGCGCCAUCGCCGCUAAGAAGAGACUCCGGGGGAAGGGCUCCAGAAACGGUGACAGAAGUCACAACAGACUACGGAGAGAGAAUAGAGGUGGAAUCAGUACGCAAGACGACGAAAUGAUAGGGAGAAGUUUUGACAGAUCUGAUGGAGAGACCGACCACCGACAAAUGCUGGAGACGCACUGCGGAAUCACGUUUGAAUCGGAGUUGAUCGAGCUCGAGGCAGCAUUCGGCCGAAUAAUCGCCAGAUUGUGCAAAAUCAUCCUUGACAUCAUAGGUCACGAGACUACGGACACAGAGAGCACCGACUCAGACGACGAACCGGAGAGCCGUCGCAAGAGUCGGCUGCAGACGACGCUCGAUAGACUCUCCGACCAGUUCAAUUCCGUCAUCGAGCUGAGUUCUAGCUUGAAAGCCCAGAAUGAACCCGCAGAUGUCGUCCAGAAUACAUGGACGGCAGACGGCACGUUCUCGAUGAGUGGCGGUGACACGACAGGACGACUGGAGCGGGAGACCAGCGAGACGGAUCUCCCCCAGUCAUGUGAUUUCGUCACCAAACCCCAUCAGCUGUGGGCUGAGAACCAAUCGCUCCGCAAGGAUGUCCGAACUCUUGAAAUCGAACUCCAGCAGCUGGAGCAACUUCACAAGAAAGUGGAAGAUCAGUUCUUUGAGGCUGAGACUGAACGGGUCGACGCCCAGAACCAGCUGGUGGCCACUGCCGCCGAAAAUGAGGCCCUGAAGAAGCAGUUGGACCGUGCGACAAGCGGGAAGGGAGGGAAGUGUGAUACGGAAAGUUUUUCGGAAGGCAGUGCCACCAACUUGCUGAGCCGGUUUGCCAAGAGGUUGUCCGGGUCGUCGAGACAAGCAUCGCCGCCCAAGAAGGCCCCUUCACCAUCUUGCUCGUCUUCAAACGAAGGGCUUAACGAUGUUCCAAGCUCAGAUGCUAUAAAAGAGAAACAGCCGGACCUACUUAAGGAAUUCCAGGCGUUGGAUAGACAGCACAACCUCCGCUCUGAGAUGAAACGCCUACGACAGGUCUACAAGAACAUGGAGGAAGACAUGGAGAAGUUGGGAGAAGAGAACAGGUCACUCCGCAUACGGAUUCAGAAAAUGGAGAGGGAGAGCAAAGACAUGAAAGGGAAGAUCCGAGAUGCGGACGGCAUAGUGGAAGACAGAAACAGGGAGAUCGAACAGCUAGACAGCGUCAACUGCAAACUUGAAGCCAAGUGCGCUUUCCUGGCUUCCGAAAAGGUUUCUCUGGGAACAGAGCUCGUCAGGGUCAACGCCCUCUGCGCCGAAACCAGUAGCCGGCUGAGGACAAUGGAGAGGGAGUUGACGGAGCUUGAGAAUAAGUACAAGGAGGCAGAGACUGAGAAGCAGCAGUGCCUGGACAAGCUUGAUCUGCUGAACCAGGCUCAUCUCGAAGAGUGCAACAAGACCUCCAAGCUGCUCAAGGAGAAGGCGUCUACCGAAGGGCAGCUUAGCAGAUUGAGACGGGAGCACGGGGAAGUUGCUGCCGAGUUGGACAAGCUGCGAGUGGAGAAUGCUGCCAACGCAAAAGGUCGACUACAGGCAGAGAAGGAGAGAGACAGACUUGAGCUAGAGCUUCAUGACUCCGAGAAAUCACAGGCAGAGCUGACCGACGACGUGCUCCACCUUCGCCGGAGUCUGGCCAAAUCGGAGACAAGCUGCAAAUCUUUAGAAAGGGAGGGUGGAGAUCUGAGGAAGAGGUGCAGCAGGUUGGAGGCCGAGGCUUCCGAGUUGCGCUCCACGUCGGAGGACCUGUAUCUAGGCAACCGGAUGCUGGAGGAGGAGAAUGCUUGCCUGAAGGAGAUGAACCGGCAGCUUCAGAGAGAGAACGCCGAGAUGCAGGAGACCGUGUCAUCUCUGACAGACACCAAUGCCGGCAUCCGGGCAAAGAUGAGGCAGUGGAACCGAGAUAACGUCAGCAUGGAGAACAAGAUGAAGCAGCUGGUCCGGGCCAAGGCUGAGCUACACGGCGUCAUCAAGCAGCUGAACACCGUCCACUCGGACAUUGAGAACCGCUUCGAUAAGCUGGACAACGAGUACGCCGACUUCGAGUCGCGUCUCGCCAGGGGAGGGAAGACUUUAUCGGCAACCGGUGAGGAAGACCAGGCGCCUAUUCCGGAAGAGGACAUCCAGAGGGAGUACGAACAAUUGAAGAAGCAACUCCACAACCAAGACCAAGCAACACGUGACACGACACGUGGUGAGAAGGUGACAGAUCGGAGAUCAAAGGUUGGGUUUCAAAUGUCGCCCUCGCGGGCAGUUGCCAACCUGAAGAACGAGUUUUCAGAGCUGGAGAAAGACAUACUAGGAAUAGCAAGAAGUUCGGGAGGGAGGAAAGCCAGCCCCCACAAUGCGAAUGAUGUAACUUUUGUGUCAGCCUGUAGCGAUUUGGACUCGGAGGAGCUAGGACUUUGGUGGGACGACACGGGUGAAAUUAACAGCUUACUGAUAUCCGGAAAUACGAAUGAGGAUACGACGCGCAAAUCAAUGUAACCGCGAUCGAGCGGGCUAAUUGGUUUUCAAAACUGCUGAUGCUGAACACUUUCUCCGUCGUGUACAGCUUUUAGAUGAGACAGGGGAGAGUAAUGAUAUUAGAUAACUAGCAAGCAAUAUUUUUCGAGGGGGAACAACUACA